UAUAAUAUAGUUGAGUGUCAAGAAUCAAGACCACCUUUGUAAUAGGUUUUUAAACCAAACAAACCCUAAAGCCCCUUCCCGCCAACUAAUCGUUUUCAGCAGAAAACAAAACAUGUCUUCGAACUCCAACUAUUACCGUUCGUUACUAAAAAUUUGCACGGAAACCCGUAACCAAAUCCAAGCAAAGAAAAUCCAUUGCCAUAUUCUGAAAACCAUUAAGGACCCGGAAACAUUCUUAUUAAACAACCUGGUUAACGCAUACAGCAAACUAGGCGAUUUAACCUAUGCACGCUACGUGUUCAACAAAAUUCCCCGACCAAAUCUCUUUUCGUGGAACACUAUUCUUUUCACUUAUUCGAAAUCUGGGAAUCUUUCAGAAAUGAAUUAUAUCUUUAACCACAUGCCUAAACGCGAUGGGGUUUCUUGGAAUUCCCUUAUUUCUGGGUAUGCUUCUCGUGGUUUGGUAACUGAGGCAGUGAAAGGUUAUAAUUCUAUGUUGAGGGAUGGGGUGGCUAAUUUGAAUCGGAUUACGUUGUCUACUAUGCUUAUAUGUUCGUCUAGUCAAGGGUGUGUUGAUUUGGGUAGGCAGAUUCAUGGUCAAAUUGUGAAAUUUGGGUUUGGAUCUUAUGUGUUUGUGGUUUCUCCUUUGAUCGAUAUGUAUUCAAAAGCAGGGUUGGUUUAUGAUGCAAAACGAGUUUUUGAUGAAACGCCAAAGAGAAAUGUGGUAAUGUAUAAUACAAUGAUUGCAGGACUUUUGAGGUGUGGCAUGGUGGAGGAUUCCAGGUGGUUGUUUCAUAGUAUGCGGGAAAAAGAUUCAAUUUCUUGGACAACUAUGAUCACGGGAUUGACUCAGAAUGGUUUGUAUAGAGAGGCUAUUGAUUUAUUUAAAGAGAUGAGGAUAGAAGGUUUAGCUAUGGAUCAGUUUACCUUUGGAAGCAUGUUGACUGCUUGUGGGUGUCUAAUUGCCCUGGAAGAAGGCAAGCAGGUUCAUGCUUUUGUAAUUAGAACUAAUCAUAAGGAUAAUGUCUUUGUUGGAAGUGCACUUGUUGACAUGUAUUGCAAGUGCAAAAGCAUAACAUCUGCAGAGGCAGUUUUCAAGAGGAUGACCCACAAGAAUGUUGUGUCCUGGACUGCAAUGCUAGUGGGUUAUGGCCAGAAUGGGUACAGUGAGGAAGCUAUUAGAAUCUUCUGUGAUAUGCACAGAAAUGGGAUUAAUCCUGAUGAUUAUAGUCUAGGAAGUAUAAUUAGCUCAUGUGCAAACCUGUCAAGCUUAGAAGAGGGCGCUCAAUUACAUGGCCAAGCAAUAGUUUCUGGCUUAUUUUCUUUCGUAACAGUUUCUAAUGCACUUGUUACUUUAUAUGGAAAAUGUGGAAGCAUAGAAGAUGCUGAUAAGUUGUUCAAUGGGAUGAAUUUAAGGGAUGAAGUUUCUUGGACUGCGAUGCUGUCAGGGUAUGCUCAGUUUGGGAAAGCCUAUGAAACAAUUGAUUUGUUUCAAAGAAUGUUAGCUCAUGGUCUAAAACCUGAUGGAGUUACUUUUGUUGGUGUUCUAUCAGCUUGCAGUAGGGCAGGACUAGUGGAAAAAGGGUAUCAGUAUUUUGAUUCAAUGGUAAAGGAACAUAGAAUCAUGCCAGUUGUUGAUCACUAUACUUGCAUGAUUGACCUUCUUAGCCGAGCUGGAAGGUUAGAAGAAGCAAAAUGUUUUAUAAACAAAAUGCCUUUCCCACCUGACGCAAUUGGUUGGUCUACCUUACUUAGCUCAUGUAGACUGCAUGGUAACUUGGAAAUUGGGAAAUGGGCAGCCGCUUCUCUUCAGGAACUAGAGCCCCACAAUCCUGCAGGUUACAUCUUACUCUCUAGCAUAUAUGCUGCUAAAGGGAAAUGGGAUAAUGUGUCAGAAUUAAGGAGGGGAAUGAGAAAUAAAGGAGUGAGAAAGGAACCGGGAUGCAGCUGGAUCAAAUAUAAAGGCAAAGUGCACAUUUUCUCGGCAGAUGACCAGACAAAUCCAUUUUCUGAUCAGAUAUAUGCUGAGCUGGACAAAUUAAAUCACAAGAUGAUGGAAGAGGGUUAUGUACCAGAUCUGAGUUCUGUUCUUCAUGAUGUUGAGGAAUCAGAAAAGAUAAAGAUGCUUAAUUAUCAUAGUGAGAGGCUUGCAAUUGCAUUUGGGUUGAUAUUUAUUCCUCCGGGCCUUCCCAUACGGAUAGUUAAAAAUCUUAGAGUGUGUGGGGAUUGCCAUAGUGCCACUAAGUAUAUUUCUAGGAUCACCAGGAGAGAGAUACUAGUAAGAGAUGCUGUCCGCUUCCAUUUGUUUAAAGAUGGAAAAUGCUCGUGUGGAGAUUUCUGGUGAUGCUGUAUUCUGUGUCCAAAGCUGUCAUUGAGGAGAUCAAACCUUUAGCUAUGGAGGAGGAGAAGAAUAGGAAGAG